GUCAUUCAUCAUCAUCAUCAUGAUUUUCUUCCCACCUUGAAUUGAUCGCAUGCAACACUCUCUUCUAGACAUCGUUUGCCAUUGAAGCAACUUAUCUGCGAGGAAAAGAUAGAACAAAAGCUACCCGCUUAAUUUGCAACACGAUCAACCGAACGGCUGGCGCACAUGGCAACGCGUGCAUGGUCCCUGCAUCUCACAAUCCGACCUAUCCCUCGGCCUGUGUCACGACGGCUCUUCCCCAAGAUGACAGUCUUCACCAUCGCAGCGCCUCCGUCAGCGCCAUCGUCCAUAACUGCUUCAGAUUUCAAGCUGCCGCCUCCGACGCGAACGCAAAGUCUCUCGAAAGGGCCGGAGGCCGUGGUGGACAAACACGACAAUGUUGCCAUGCUUCACCGUGUCAGUCGAGACUUUCGCUCCGAUACGCUGACCAUUCCCACGGAUGACAUGUUUAUAGUGAUGGCUAAUGCCAGCCGUGGGGACGACGUGUAUGAAGAAGAUGCGACGACAACUGCCUUUGAGGCCCAGAUUGCUGCGCUUACGGGUAAAGAAGCCGCACUUUUUGUUGCCACAGGCACAUUGUCGAACCAGCUCGCUAUUCGCACCCAUCUCCAUCAACCGCCGUACUCCAUUGUGUGCGACGUUCGCUCCCAUAUUAAUACAUACGAGUCAGGCGGAGCCGCAUUCCACUCUGGAGCACAUAUGAUUCCCAUCACACCGAGCAACAAGCAUCACCUCACAUGGGAGGACAUUGAACCACGGCUGGUGCUCGCCGAGGAAGAGGUGCAUUCUGCCCCGACACGCCUGAUUUGCCUGGAGAACACGCUGAACGGCACCAUUUUUCCGCAAGAGGAGAUCGUUCGCAUCGCCAAUGAGGCCCACCACCUUGGCAUUCAGAUGCACGUCGACGGCGCACGUCUGUGGAAUGUUGCAGCCGAAACAGACACGCCCAUCCAUACUCUCUGCAAGCCAUUCGAUACAGUGAACAUGUGCUUCUCCAAAGGUCUUGGUGCACCCGUAGGAUCUAUUCUCGCCGGUCCAGCAAAGUUUAUUCGAAAAGCCAGGCACUUCCGCAAGAUUUUCGGAGCCGGUCAGAGACAAACUGGGCCGCUCGCUGCAGCGGCAAAGCUAGCAGUUGAGACCAGCUUACCGAAGCUCAAAGCGACGCACGAGCUUGCGCGGUACGCACAGGCCGAGCUUGAGAAGCUCGGCGUAAGAAUCAUCACACCUGCGGAAACCGGGAUGCUCUUCAUCGACACACAAUCCGUUGGAAUCCAUCCUGCGGAGCUCACCGAGCGCGCCGAGCGUCUGUCAGAUCCGCUGUAUGUGCGUACACAGCGUCUCGUGAUGCACUUCCAAACCGACCCGCAGGCCGUGGUGGACUUGUUACAGCUCGUUGCCCAGAUGAAGCAAGAGAAGCUUGACCAAGGUUUUGUCGCGACAGACAAUCCCUCGGCUAUCGAAGGGCCAACAGGCAACGUUUACAUUCGCGCGGCUGGUGAUAAGUUGCCUCGGUACAUGUUCAAUAAUACAACUAGAAACUGCACUUGACUGUGUGCUCCUGCCACUGUAUUUUCUCCUCACUAGUCCUGACGUGUUUUUGGUGGUAUUGA